AUGGGAGGAUUUUCAAGCAAAAAUAUGGAAUAUUACAACUACGCCAGUAUGAAGCUGCUGGACAGGAACAAAUACAUAAAUGAAGAGGAAGAAGAAGAGGACGAUCACUACUCCAAAAAAACUGACAUCCGAGAAACGAUUAAAAAAGCGAGAGAAAUAAGAAACUGUAAUUACAAGGAAUCGAUGGAUUUAUAUAUAAAAGCACUGAAGAUGCUAAAGAAGUUAAAAGAAAACAACUCCAGGAUAUAUAGGAAUGUUCUCGAAUUUGAAAUAAGGCCACAAGAAAUAGCUAGCAGUGUGUCAUUAAACAAUGGUUUAGAAAAAAAUAACUACCUAAAAAAAGAGGGCGAUAAAAAUUAUGCACACGCCUCACCCCAUGACAAUCAAGCCAUAUCGAUAAAUAAUAAAAUUGCAUCUCUGUACAACGAAAUCGCAGACCUUUGUUGCAUUCACGAUUUUAUAGAAAAAUCCCUCUUCUAUUAUGAUAAGGCUUGUUCAUAUAACCCUUCCAAAAUUGACUAUAUAUACAAGAAGGGGGUUUUAUUUCAACAAAUGAAUGAGACGGAAAGGGCCAUUAACACCUUUAAAAUUAUUCUGUCUUCGGAGCCGAAUCACAUUCCUACAUUGUUUUCUCUGGGUAAUUUGUACAGAUAUAUAGACAACCACAUUGCCCUUUCUUACUUCGAGGCCAUCCUGAAAAUCGAGCCAAAUAAUACAGAAGUUUUAUCCCUCAUUGCUUCCUGCUAUGAUAACUUGGGAAAACUGAAUGAAGCCAUUUCGUAUCAGAAUAAGGCCGUCGAGAUCGACCCCGACAAUUUCAACCACAAGAAGUUUGCCCAGAGGCUUAUCGAAAUGAAGUCCCAGAAUUGA